AUGCGGCUUCCAGUAUGGCUUCCACUCCUCCUGACUGGGUUCACCAAAGCGACGCCGCGCGACUAUGACCAGAAUGACUACUUUGCCCUCCAUCUCCACCCUACCGCGGUUCCUCAAGAAGUUGCGGAUCGACUGGGGAUAAAUCUUGAAGGACAGAUUGGGGAACUGAGCCAUCAUUAUUCUUUUUCAUGCUCGAAAAGCUCCUGUCAGGAGUUGGGGCAUGCGUUACAAGAAUUAAAGAGGAGAAAGAAGAGAAGGAGACGCUCCUUAGACGGCAGAGAUGCAUUGGCUCCGCGAGCAGAAACAUCCCCGGAUCUUACAGAUGUUCUUUGGUCGGAGAAGCAAGAGUUGCGACAUCGCCAUGUCAAGCGAGUACCUCCACCUCUCCCGGCCGGUCGUGUACGCCAGGACGCCGUGGACCCAGAGUCUGAUGGAUCGUCGGAACAAGCACAGCAAGAAGCAAUUCAGCGUUUGAACACCAUCGCAGACACUCUAAAGAUCAAAGACCCUAUUUUUAAGGAGCAGUGGCACUUAUUCAAUCCUCUACAGCUUGGUCACGAUCUGAACGUCACUGGUCUCUGGCUGGAGGGCAUUACUGGUAAUGGUACCAUUUCUGCUGUUAUCGAUGAUGGACUGGACUUGUACAGCAACGACCUCAAGGACAACUAUUAUGCGGAAGGUUCGUGGGACUUUAACGACAACUCUCCCGAACCGAAGCCGCGACUUUUUGAUGACAAACAUGGCACCCGCUGUGCGGGAGAGAUUGCCGCUGUUAGAAAUAACGUUUGCGGCGUGGGGAUGGCCUAUGACAGCAAAGUCGCGGGCAUUCGAAUUUUGUCAAAACCCAUCACUGAUGAAGACGAGGCGAUAGCCAUAAACUACCACUACCAGGACAAUCAGAUCUACUCCUGUUCUUGGGGUCCACCUGACGAUGGCGCAACCAUGGAAGCCCCGGGUCUUCUCAUCCAACGAGCCAUGGUCAAUGGUAUUCAGAAUGGUCGAAACGGCCUAGGGUCUGUUUUCGUCUUUGCGGCCGGGAACGGAGCGGCAAGUCAGGACAACUGCAACUUUGAUGGUUAUACCAACAGCAUCUACAGUAUCACGGUCGGAGGCAUUGACCGCGCCGGUAACCAUCCCUACUACUCCGAAGCUUGCUCCGCACAACUAGUUGUGACAUAUAGUUCCGGCAAUCAGGACGCCAUCCACACUACCGAUGUUGGGGUCGACAAAUGUUACAAUGGUCAUGGUGGGACAUCAGCCGCGGGCCCGCUCGUUGUCGGCACAGUAGCACUUGCACUCGGCAUUCGGCCAGACCUUACCUGGCGAGAUCUACAAUAUCUUUGCGUUGAGACCGCCAUCCCCAUACACGAAGACGACGGAAGCUGGCAGAACACGACCAUUGGCAAGAGAUUCAGCCAUGCCUACGGGUAUGGCAAAAUCGACGCUUAUAGAUUCGUCGAGGCUGCUAAGACGUGGAAAACGGUCAAGCCACAAGCGUGGUUCCACUCACCCUGGCUCAGCGUCCAGCAUGAUAUACCGGAGGGUGAGCAAGGACUGGCUGCGAGUUUCGAAGUCACCAAGGAGAUGCUGAACAAGGCCAACCUGGAAAGACUCGAACACGUCACUGUAACCAUGAAUGUUGAGCACACCAGGAGAGGCGAUUUGAGUGUAGAUCUGAUCAGUCCCAGUGGCUUGGUCAGCGAAAUCGCGACCUCCCGUGGUCCAGACGGAGCCGCAGAAGGGUAUGAUGACUGGACGUUCAUGUCGGUGGUUCACUGGGGUGAGUCUGGGAUUGGCAACUGGACUGUGAUUGUCAAAGAUUCCCAGAAGAAUGAAUUCAACGGAACCUUUAUCGACUGGCGUCUGAAUUUAUGGGGCGAAUGUAUCAAUCCACAGAUUCAGACGCUUCACCCACUACCUGACGAGCAUGACGACGACCAUGAAACUGCCACCGUCAUUGUUAGCACAACCAGUGUGGAGCCUGGCGCUCCACCUACUGGGCUUCCCACAACACCCACCGACCAUAUUGACAGGCCUACCAAGCCUAAGCCUACCGACGCAACGGAUUCUGUGGUCAUUGUCACGGCAACCAAUACGGUGUCUGUGCCUGCAGCCACAGCGACAGUGACAGGUGAACCCAGCGAGUACUCAGAUGGCUUCCUUCCUUCGUUUUUCCCAACCUUUGGUGUAUCGAAGCGCACGCAGAUUUGGAUAUACGGCUCAAUCGUGUUGAUCAUACUCUUCUGUGUGGGCCUGGGAAUCUAUUUCUUGAUCCAACGACGUAAAAGGCUUCGAAACAAUCCCCGCGAUGCAUACGAGUUUGAAAUGGUUGGCGAUGCAGAUGAGGAUGAGCAACAAGGCUUGACUGCACGGGGAGGACGAGCCAAGGGAAGGGCUCGACGAGGCGGCGAACUGUAUGAUGCAUUUGCGGGCGAGAGUGAUGACGAUCUCUACAGUGAUGAAGAAAUAUAUCAAGACACCCCAAGUAACGACACAGGAACGGGAUCGAGGUCUGGGAGCUCUGAUGGCAAGGAAAGGGAGAAAUAA